ACACGCGAACCCCACCCUGCCCUCCGCAGCAAGCCUCCGCCGCCGCCGGUCCCCUUCUGCGCUGCUCCUCGCCGCGGCUCUCUCCGGCGAAUCUGCAUGGCCGGCGGGUAGUCCCCAUCUACCGCCCUGCUCCUCCCUAUCGCGCCGCCCGCUCCCUGUCUCCAGCAGCAGCCGACGCCCCACUCUGGCGGCCGACUGCCUACUCCGGCCGAGACCCCACUCCGGCGGAAGGCCCCCCGUUUCCCCUCCCCACCUCCCAGGCCGUGGCCAUGAGCUCGUCCGGUAAGUUUCUUGCCCGGUGCAUCAGCCAAUCCUGGCUCCGCCACUGUGUCAAGGUGAUGACGGACGAGCAGAUGGAGGUGCUCCGGAAGCAGAUCUCCAUCUACGCCACCAUCUGCGAGCAGCUCGUCGAGAUGCACCGCGCCCUCACGGCGCACCAGGAUUCCAUUGCAGGUAUGAGUCUUGGUAAUCUGUACUGUGAUCCUCUAAUGGUUCAUGGAGGCCAGAAGAUCACAGCGAGGCAGCGAUGGACACCAACCCAGAUGCAGCUGCAGAUCCUCGAGAGCAUUUUCAACCAAGGAAAUGGAACACCAAGCAAGCAGAAGAUAAAAGACAUCACAGCGGAGCUCUCGCAGCAUGGCCAGAUCUCGGAGACCAACAUCUACAACUGGUUCCAGAACAGACGUGCACGCUCGAAGCGGAAGCAAGCAGCUUCUUCUCUACCAAACAACGCCGAAUCCGAAGCCGAGGGGGAUGAGGAGUCCCCGACCGACAAGAAGCCUAGAUCAGACGGGUCACAGCAGCAGAACAUGGCUGUGAGAGCUCACAACCUCAAGAGGAUCUCGGAGAUGCACCGUCACUUCGACGCAGCAGAGCGUGGGCAUGUCUGUGGUCCAACGAUGUAUGGGUCCAGCAACGACACCUCGAGAUAGUCGGGCGGUCUGGGCCAGAUGUCCUUCUACGAGAACGUCAUGUCAGAAUCCAAGAAUCGACCAGUUCUUCCAGUACCGGACGGGCGAAAGCUUCGACAUGUCUGGGUGGGAUCCGUCUGGGUGACACACGCGGUUCGGUGUGUCGCACUUUGACAACAUACCCCUGUAAAAAAGGCAGCAUGCGUU